CUUUUUCUGGUCAAAAAUUUUAUUCCUUUCAGAUUCUAAUUUUCUCCAUGAAAAAGGGGAAGAGACUAAGAGAAAAGGUAUAAAUCAACUACUGUUAAUUGUGUUUAGGGUGAUUUAAAAAAAAUGUUGAUACUGAUUUUUUUUUUAAAUGCAUGAAAAAUUUUCAAAGGUUUUUGUUAAAGAUGGACUUCAGCCACAACUUAAUGUGAGUUUUGUUUUUCCUUCAUGACUGAGUGUUCUGAGUGAAACGAUAUCUUCACUUGUACAUUUUUGGAAACCUGCUAUACUACUGUACAGAAGUGUUUAUAUUGUAAAAUAUUGCUUAUUUGACAUGAUAAACACUCAGGCUGAGGGUUUAUUUGAUCAAUGGAAACUUGGGUCAUUCUACUCACUAAAAAAACACUGGCUUUGAAUCUCUUUUGCGCUGGUUUGGGUCUCUUUUGUAUGGAGCCCCGCAAGACAUUGCGAGAUCUCAUAAAAGUUUUGCGAGAUCCCAAGUUACUUUUGCGAGAUCUCGCAAAACUUUUAUGAGAUCUCGCAAAAGAUCCGGCUACCUUUUGAUAGCAGUUCUGUUUCUGUCUGUACUAUGGAGUAGACAUGGAGGAGGAUUUAGAGCAUUUACUGUGGUCAAGAGAGGUUUCACAAAAGGACAUCAUGCACAUGCAACAAGACAAAGUUACGGAGCCCCACAAGGGACAUUGGAGAAAAAAAAAUGUAGACGAACUUUUGCGAGAUCUCGCAAAACCUGUAUUCUGAAUACCACCUUUUUAAACAUUAACUGUAACGCAAUACAGUUACUCAUAUUUUGUACUUAAAUACGUAACGUUGGUACAUGCAUUCUAUUACUCCCCAACACUGUGGACCGGUACCGGUCUGUGGCCCGGUGGUUGGGGAACGCUGUGUUAGAGCCAUUUUAUGUUUUUUGGUAUUAUUGCAACUUGUCAGCAUAAGAGGGAGUAGUAAUGCAAUUUGCCACUCUCUCGGUUUGUAUUGAAGAGUGAAACAACUGAACACAAACAGGCAGUUACUGGUAUAGAAUAACUGUGUCAGUCAGUUCAAUGACUCACUGUGAGAAAAUGAGGUUUACUGUAGAGUAACGUGUGCUAUUAUUAGUUAUCUGGGAAAGUUUUGCCACUGCAGUAAAAUGUAUUUCUAUACUCUGUGAAGGACAGCAAAAGUAGGGAGGAACCUGGAAUAUGUGUUUAGUUUUGCAAUACAGUAAAACAACUUUCUUAAUACUCAUUGGACUGUAAAUGCAACAGAAGUAAUCUUUCCUAACACACGCAAAAAAACAAAACAAAACAAAACAAAAAAACUCAAAGAACAAACAAACCUGGAAAUACCUACUAUUGUAAAGGAUUUUUUCUUUCUUUUACCCAUUUUUUUCUGAGCAAUUUACUGAUCUUCCCUAAAUAAGGCAUAUGUAUAAUAUAUAGUGUAUCUUUAUUCACACCAGUUUAACCAGUUUUUGUUACAGCUCACUGAUUGCGCACUGCUGAGAAAAAGACGCUCAGUUCAGUUAAUUUCUGCUCUGUUUCAUGAAAAUCCCAGUGUUAUUCAAGAGCAAUUUUAUCAGUCACAAAACUGACACUGAGCCUCUUUAAUAUAACCAUCAUCUUUUUAACAUUAAAAGAAGGCUUGUUGGCAGUUGAUAGUAAAUCUGGCCCUAAAUGUUUCUUUAAAAUGUUCUACUUUUUGACAUGAUUUAAAUCAUUAAAGUAAGUUUAUAUCAAUAAUAUCCAUCCACUUUUUGUCAAUAUGGUCAGGGAGAAACCUCAGCGUCUUAAAGCCUAAAAGAUAAAGAAAACGUCAUAAUAGCUUCAAAUAGUUGACUCGAUCGCCACCAAUUUUGUGUCUUUAUAUGUAAAAUACAACGCUUUUUGCUUCUCUGUAUGACUUUAUUAGCCCACUCAUCUUUAUGUGCGGUGUAGCUGCCGUCAAAAGCAACUCUCACAUUUAAGUUCAUUUUAUUGGAUUUAAUGUUGAAACAAUUAGUAGUUGAAAUAGUAAGAAAUAAUAAAUAAAUAGUAAUUCAUGUUCUGUUCAUUAGAUUUAUAUGUUUAAAUGUGUAUUUGUGCUAACUGUGCAAUUAGAUAGGAACCUUUUCUAUCGUUCCGUCUGUUGUUGCUGAGAGGGCAUUUUUCUUGGUGGGCACACUCAGCAAGCUAAUUAAGAGACGAGCCACGAGGUUUGCACGUCUACAGAAAGUUGUGAAGAGUGUUUUGGACUACCCCACGACGUGAGGAUUAAAGUUUUUAUUCCCUUUGAGUGAGGCCAAUGAGUUCUGACGGCAUUGUAUCGGCUGUGGUUGGACGUCAUUACAUGUUAAGGCAUGUCGAAGAAUCCUCCUGUCCGAAAUAAAUGUCAGUUUAAAACCAAAGAACAAGUUGAGCUUUAUUAAGACUCGAGGGGAGUAACAGUCAGAACUCAGCCUGCUUCGUGCUGGAGGAGAGAGAAGGAGAAAGAGGUCUGUCGCAGCGGAGCCGAGCCGACAGCCGAGCGAACGGGGCCGAGUGGCAGCGGAGCCGAGCCGACAGCCGAGAGAGCGGAGCGGAGCUGAGCCGACAGCGCGCGGGGUCACGUGGUUAAGCUCGCGUCUCUCUCAAGCAUCAAAGACACCCAAACACACACACAGACAUCCCAUAAGGCAACCAGAGUCCAGUGGUGCAGCUUGCUUAAGCUACAAAUAAGUAACACGUUUAUACAAGUUAAAUGUGGAGAGUAGAUUUCCUUAGCUCAUCUUAAAGGGACUCUGUCAAGCAAUGAAAGGGGAAGUGUGGUGGUUUUGGAGUAAAGGUUUAAGUUCAUGUUUUUUAUGCUAAGUAACUGCAAUUAAGGUACGUUUAAGUUGAUUAUAAGGGUUUUGCUUAUUUUUAAGACUGCAUUAGAUAUUUAAAGGUCACAUUAUAGUAUUUUGUUUGACAUUGAAGGUUAUUUUCUGUUUAACUACAAGUGAAGAACAAUUUAUUAUUUUGGUUUAAGUGAUGGUGACCUAUAUUUAAGUUGACUCUUUAAAGUAAAGCAAUUUAAGUUCCUAGGUGCUUCAUAAGGUGACCAUUCACGUAUUUAAGUGGACCUAGGUGACUUGAGUGUAGUAUAACACCUUUGACUGUCUGUGACAUGGAGCAAGAAGGCUGUGACACUGAAGCUGUGGAGCAGCAAGAAGCUUUUGAAGAGCAAGAAAGUUUGCAAGAACCAUGCACAAGUAAAGCUCCUAAAGAAGGAAGUUUGAGGAAAAGUCAAAGAGUUAAGAAGUUCACUGAAAGGGGCCAAGCACUACAUGAUGAAAAGGUGAACAAGCUUCAAGCUCGCUUUAAAGUCAGUUAUGAAAGGUGGAAAGUUGUUGCAAAACAAGGCAAAAAAGCACUUGAAGAACCUGUUAGUGCAAAACUUAAAGAGCUUAUUGACCAAGUUGAACAUACCUCGGCAGAAGUGAAACAAGUUUAUGAUGAACUGCGCAAUCAUGAAACUCCUGAUGCAGACACUCGCCGCAGAGUGGACACCUGUGAUGCUGUUUCUCAGAAGAUGAUAAGGCUAACUCAAGAAAAAUUAGCAGCAGAAGAAGACGAAGAACUUUCUGGGAGAUUAGUUCACUGGAGUGAUGUAGGAUCAGCAUUCAAUUCUGCAACCUCGCAAAGAUCUAAGAGUUCAAAUAGCAGGCAAUCAAGAUGCUCAAGUAAGUUGUCUGUAAAGAGGCAAGAAGCAGCUGCAGAGCUUGCGGCUACUGAAGCAACUCUGAAGAUUAUGGAGGAAAUGGAAAGUGAAAGAAAGGCACUUGAAAUCCUUGAAGCAGAGAAUGCUGAGAAACAGAAGGCCUUAGAGCAAAAGCGAAGAGAGCUUGAAAGGCUAGAAACAGUAAAGAAAAUGAAUGCUGCUAAAGCACGUCUGAAAGUGUACAAUGAAGAAGGAAUCUCAGAUGAAGAAAUAUCAGACCUUCUGCACGAAAGGAGUAAACGGAGAAAUGUCACAUCCAAACCGAUGAGUCAGUUUGCACAUUCGCAACUUAAUGCAAAUGCAAUGCCGUUUGAUAUGCCACAAGCCAUCUCAAGGUCACAUCCAAGAGAAAGCAAACAUGAAGAUAGUACCACAACAUUGGCCCAAGCUCUAGCUGAGUCCAUUCACAUAAGUCGCCUACCAGUACCAGAACCUACAGUCUUCAACGGAGAUCCUCUCAAGUACAAGGAUUGGAAAUUGUCGUUUCAAAUGCUGAUAGACAGAAAGAACAUCCCAGUGAAUGAAAAGAUUUACUAUCUUCACAAGUAUGUUGGAGGACCGGCGAGAAAGGCUGUUGAGAGUUAUUUUCUGUUGGGAACCGAGCGUGCUUAUUACUCAGCAUGGAACACUUUGGAGGAAAGAUACGGAAAUUCAUUUGUAAUCACCAAAGCUUUCAGAGAUAAGUUGACAUCAUGGCCAAGGAUUGGUAACAAGGAUAGCGUUGAACUUCGCGAAUUUUCAGAUUUUCUCAGAGGAUGUGAAGCAGCCAUGCUUCAGGUUAAAGGUCUUGAAGUUUUGAACGACUGCAAUGAGAAUCAGAGAAUGCUAAGCAAGCUACCUGAUUGGUUGUCAGCGAGAUGGAAUCGAAAGGUCAUUGAAAUUGAAGAGCAAGAUGGUUCUUUCCCAACAUUUAGCCACUUUGUUGACUUCAUUGCGAGAGAGGCCAAGAUUGCGUGCAAUCCUGUAACAUCACUUCAUGCACUCAAAGCAGGUGACUCAGAGAAAACGAAAUCAUCCAAGACAAGAAGUGUUGGAGCAAAGGUGCUAGUGAGUGCAGCAGAAGAGACGUCCAACACAAAAAAAUGUGUGUUUUGUGAAAACUCAAAUCAUAGCAUUCACACAUGUAGGAAGUUUAUGGACAAGGUCUUGAGUGAAAGAGUCAAGUUUGUGCAAACCAAGGGAUUGUGCUUUGGAUGUCUAGGCUUUGGACACCAAUCAAAGAAAUGUGAAAAGAGAAAGAUGUGUGACACAUGUAAAGGGAAACACCCGACAUGUUUGCAUGAAGAACGAGACAAAUCCUCAAGGACAAGGAAAGAGAAAGAAAGUGUCAAGGAACCACAAAUAAAAGAGAUGGAAGACAGUAAAGAGAGUAGAGAAACCAAACCCAAGGAAGCACCAAGUGAAGCAAUAUCAAACCGUGUGAUUCAAAGUGACAGAAGUAAUCUCACAUCUACGAUCAUUCCAGUUUGGUUAUCUACAACAAGCAAUCCUGAACAUGAGAUUCUUCUCUAUGCUCUUCUUGACAGCCAAAGUGACACGACAUUCGUCUUGAAAGAAAAGGCAGAUGCUCUGGAUGCAGAGAAGAAAUGUGUGCAGUUAAAGCUCUCGACAAUGUCUUCUAAAGAUACUUUAGUACCAAGUCAAAGGUUGUCUGGAUUACAGGUCAGAGGUUUCUAUUCUUCAAGGAGAAUUCCUCUUCCUGUGACAUACACAAGAGAGUUUAUUCCUGCGAAUUUGAGUCAUAUUCCCACACAAAGGACAGCAAGAGCGUGGCCACACUUAGAGCACCUGGCUGAAGAAAUUGCUCCACUGAUUGAAUGUGAAGUAGGCCUGCUCAUUGGUUACAAUUGCUCACAAGUGUUGGUACCCAGAGAAGUUGUGGCAGGAAAAGAUAAUGAACCUUUUGCCCAAAGAACAGACCUUGGCUGGACAAUAGUUGGAGGAACUAAUCCAUGUGUUGACUAUGGGGAUGCCAUAGGAUGUAGCCACAAAAUCAUUGUCAAGGAAGUGACACCCAAUCAGUCAGCUGAGCAGUUGGUCAAAGAAGUGCAAUACAUCUGUCGCACACAAGUCAAAGAGGUGGUCACAUCAGCAGAUGUAAUUAAAGUGCUCGAGUCCGACUUCAAUGAAAGAAAGGUGGAAGACUCACACUUCUCACAAGAAGAUUUAAGGUUCAUCUCCAUAAUGGAAGAAGGAGUGAAGAUGAAAGCAGAUGGACACUGUGAGUUACCUUUGCCAUUUAAGGAAGACAGACCAAGUCUGGCAAACAACCGGAGCUGUGCAGAACACAGACUCAAAUCUUUGAAGAGGAGAUUUGAGAAGGACAACCAAUACCACAAAGACUACACAGAGUUCAUGAAAGAGACUAUAGAGCGUGGUGAUGCAGAAAGAGUUCCCUCUGUAGACCUGGACAAAAGCCCUGCCUGGUACAUUCCACACCAUGGAGUGUAUCAUCCACAAAAGCCUGGCAAAAUAAGAGUGGUGUUUGAUUGUUCAGCGAAGUACGAAGGAGUGUCCUUGAACGACUACCUGCUUACAGGGCCAGAGUUAACCAACUCUCUGGUGGGGGUCCUGUGUCGAUUUCGGAAAGGUCCAGUUGCAGUGAUGUGCGACAUUGAGCGCAUGUUUCAUCAAUUCAGAGUCAGAGAAGAAGAUCAAGAUUACUUUCGCUUCUUGUGGUGGGACAAUGGAGACUUCAACUCUACUCCAUCUGUCUAUCGCAUGCGCGUACACCUGUUUGGAGCUGCUUCUUCCCCUGCCUGUGCGAACUUUGGUCUCAAGUAUAUUGCUGCACAAGGUCAAGGCAAGUUCAGUGAAGCUACCAUAAGGUUCAUUGAGCGAAAUUUUUAUGUGGACGAUGGUCUUAUCAGUUUCCACUCAGAAGAAGAGGCAAUUCGUUUGGUGAAGGAAGCCAAGGAGCUUUGCAGAACAGGAGGCUUGCGACUUCACAAGUUCGUUUCAAACAGUAAGCAAGUGCUUAAUUCGCUGCCGGAAGAAGAUUGUGCAGAAACAGUAAGAAAAGACUUGUCACUGGGCGAGCAACAAAUUGAAAGAGCCCUAGGUGUCAAAUGGUGCAUCGACUCGGAUCAUUUCCAGUUUCGAGUAGUUGUGAACGAGCAGCCACUUUCCAGAAGAGGAGUGUUGUCCACGGUAGCCUCUAUUUACGAUCCACUUGGCUUUGUGGCACCUUUUGUUCUACUUGGGAAGCAGAUACUACAGCAGAUGUGUCGUGAGAAAGCAGAUUGGGACGAACCACUCACAAGCGAUCUGAAGUCACGGUGGGAGUCCUGGUUGUUGGAUCUAAAAAAUCUAGCAGAUGUCACAAUUGACAGAUGUUACGUGCCAAGAGAUUUUCAAACAGUUCAGAAGUACGAGCUUCACCAUUUCUCAGACGCAAGUGUUUCAGGGUAUGGUGUUUGUACGUACCUGAGAGCUGUCAGUGAAGCAGGACAAGUCCACUGCUCUCUUGUCUUUGCUAAGUCCAGAGUAGCACCCACAAAGGUUACUACGGUGCCAAGAUUGGAGCUGUCUGCAGCAGUUGUAGCAGUGCGGAUUAGUGACAUGCUCAAAGCAGAGUUGGAGCUAGAAGAUGCUCAAGAAUUCUUCUGGACAGAUUCUCAAGUUGUCUUGGGAUAUAUCAACAACGAUGCAAGACGUUUCCAUGUUUUCGUUGCAAAUCGCAUUCAGCGUAUUAAGGAAAGCACUCAACCGAUGCAAUGGAAGUUUGUGGCAUCAGAUCUCAAUCCAGCUGACCAUGCGUCGCGCGGACUGAAGGCCAAAGACCUUAUUACCUCCAACUGGUUUAGCGGUCCAAGUUUUCUUUGGCAAAAGAAACUUCCCCACGGAGAAGUCGAGGUGGGAAAACUUGAUGCAGAGGAUCCAGAAGUACGCAAAGCUGGUGUACUCCAUACAACUACGGAAACAGAUUCUUUGGCAGAACGUUUUCAGAAAUUCUCCAGUUGGUCAAGGUUGGUCAAAGCGAUGGCAAGACUUCUCAGAUUUGUGAAAGAAUACUUAUUGAGCCUACAACAAAGACAAAAGUAGCACAAAACAAACAGAAAUGCAAAGGUCAAUGACAUAGUGAUCGUACAAGAUGACCAAGCAUCAAGAAACGACUGGAAGUUGGCCAAAGUUGUUGCCAUACACCCGAGUGAAGAUGGAUGUAUACGCAAAGUGCAACUGUUAAUGAGUGACUCAUUGUUAGAUGACCAGGGAAAGAGACUGAGUAAACCAGUUCUACUUGACAGACCUAUACACAAGACUGUGACACUAUUAGAAGCAGAUUAGUGUACAUUUCAUAAGUUCAUGGGUGAAAAUCACAAGUGAUUUGGUGGGAGUGUAGCUGCCGUCAAAAGCAACUCUCACAUUUAAGUUCAUUUUAUUGGAUUUAAUGUUGAAACAAUUAGUAGUUGAAAUAGUAAGAAAUAAUAAAUAAAUAGUAAUUCAUGUUCUGUUCAUUAGAUUUAUAUGUUUAAAUGUGUAUUUGUGCUAACUGUGCAAUUAGAUAGGAACCUUUUCUAUCGUUCCGUCUGUUGUUGCUGAGAGGGCAUUUUUCUUGGUGGGCACACUCAGCAAGCUAAUUAAGAGACGAGCCACGAGGUUUGCACGUCUACAGAAAGUUGUGAAGAGUGUUUUGGACUACCCCACGACGUGAGGAUUAAAGUUUUUAUUCCCUUUGAGUGAGGCCAAUGAGGUAAAUGUUUUCUUUUGUUUAUUAUCGCUGUAUGUAAAUACGCUAGUAUUGCGUGAUAUUCUAGUGCAAUUACCGCAGUGUGAAGUGUAAUGUGUAUUUUAUUGAUCGUUUUGUUGGAAUGUUUUGUUUUAUAUAAUGCUUAAGGGCUUUGUUAAGAAUAUUCAUUUAAGUUGUAUUUCUUUUUAGUUCUGACGGCAUUGUAUCGGCUGUGGUUGGACGUCAUUACAUGUUAAGGCAUGUCGAAGAAUCCUCCUGUCCGAAAUAAAUGUCAGUUUAAAACCAAAGAACAAGUUGAGCUUUAUUAAGACUCGAGGGGAGUAA